AGGAUCUCUGCUGCCUCCUCAGGUGCCGGACAACCCGCCAAACUACAUCCUGUUCCUCAACAACCUGCCCGAAGAGACCAACGAGAUGAUGCUCUCCAUGCUGUUCAACCAGUUUCCUGGUUUCAAAGAGGUGCGGCUCGUCCCGGGGAAACACGACAUCGCCUUCGUGGAGUUUGAGAGCGACACGCAGGCGGGCGUGGCCAAAGACGCGCUGCAGGGCUUCAGAAUCACAGCGACCUGCGCCAUGAAGAUCACGUACGCCAAGAAGUAGUUUGAUCCCUGGACACAAAGAGACUCUUAGGGGGCGGGGCAGGGGGCGGUCCCUGGAUUUCAGUUGUUUCCAGAUCCUUCUGAUUUUGUAAAUGCGACAGGAAGUUUUUUGUUUUGUUUCAGGUUUUUUAAAAACUUUUUAUUUGGUAAAUUCUGUGCCGUCGUUCAUGAGGUCGAGCUAAAUAUCUCUGGCCUUCAUCUUGUUUUGUAAAAUAAAAGGUUUUUACAUUA